AUGGCCACCUCCACCACCGCGCUCCACCCGCGGUUCCGGCCGCCGCUGCGCGCUCCCCGCCAUCUCCACCCGCUUCCACACUCAUAUUCCUCGCUCUCCCGCACUCGCGGCCACGCUCCCGUACGGGCCUCCGCGGCGUCCGCAUCCGUGCCGGCCCAGCGGGAGGUCGCCGCGGGCGUCCCGUGGGGCUGCGAGAUCGAGUCCUUGGAGAGCGCGGCGUCGCUGGAGCGGUGGCUCAUCGACUCGGGCCUACCGGAGCAACGCUUGGCCAUCCAACGCGUGGACAUCGGCGAGCGCGGCCUCGUCGCCCUCAAGAACAUACGCAAGGGGGAGAAGCUGCUCUUCGUGCCCCCUUCCCUCGUCAUCACCGCCGAUUCGGAGUGGAGCCGCCCUGAGGUGGGUGAUGUGAUGAAGAGGAACUCCGUGCCGGACUGGCCGCUUAUCGCUACUUACCUCAUAAGUGAAGCCAGUUUAGAGGGCUCGUCGAGGUGGAGCAGCUACAUAGCAGCGUUGCCGAGGCAGCCUUACUCGCUUUUGUACUGGACUCGUGCAGAGCUAGAAUCAUACUUAGUGGCCUCACCAAUCAGGAAACGUGCAAUUCAGAGGAUAACUGAUGUGAUUGGGACAUACAAUGACCUUCGAGACCGUAUAUUUUCGAGGCAUUCAGAUUUGUUCCCUGAAGAGGUGUAUAACAUAGAGACAUUUCUAUGGUCCUUCGGGAUUCUAUUCUCACGCCUGGUUCGCUUGCCAUCAAUGGAUGAAAAGGUGGCACUAGUUCCUUGGGCAGAUAUGCUUAACCAUCGCCCUGAGGUGGAAACAUUCUUGGAUUUCGAUAAGUCAUCACAAGGAAUAGUUUUCACCACUGACCGCGCAUAUCAACCAGGUGAGCAGGUAUUUAUAUCUUACGGGAAGAAAUCCAGUGGUGAGCUAUUGCUUUCAUAUGGUUUUGUUCCAAAAGAGGGAACAAACCCAAAUGAUUCGGUUGAAUUGCUGGUGUCUCUUGAUAAGUCUGAUAAGUGCUAUAAAGAGAAAUUACAAGCACUGAAGCGAAACGGUUUGUCAGAAUCUGAAAGUUUCCCUUUGCGGGUCACAGGGUGGCCAGUUGAGCUGAUGGCUUAUGCCUUCCUUGUGGUCAGUCCACCUGACAUGAGUCAACGCUUUGAGGAGAUGGCUGUUGCUGCAUCUAAUAAAAGUUCAUCCAAACCUGCAUUGAGUUAUCCUGACCUGGAAGAACAGGCCCUUCAGUUUAUCUUGGACUGCUGUGAACCUAACAUAGAAAAAUAUACAAAGUACUUAGAGGGUGGCGGUGGCUCUCCAGAAGUUUCAAUGAAUGCAAAGCAAGCCAACAGAACAUUACUGCUAAAACAGCUAGCAAGAGAUCUGUGCAUCAGUGAACGGAGAAUCCUGUAUCGUACACAAUAUAUCUUACUGGAUAGAUUUGAUUUCUCCAGUAGCAUGGUAAUUUACUCUCUUAUUAGGUGCUUUGACCUUGCCGCCGAAGCCUCGGAUGCUUGUAUGCCAAAUCAGACUGCAGUCCAGGCUCUGGGCCGCAAAUUUCAUCCUUGGAGAAACAUCUAG